UCAAAUAAGAUAUCGACAUGACUUUUUGAUUCCUAACUAGAGGCAUAGUCAGAGACAGGUCCAUGUUCUACUCAUAGAUCCAUUGACUGGAGGUUUGAACCCAGGACACCAGCUCUUCCUCCUUGAACCAGAGACUUAUCUCUUUCUGAGCACUCUCCACACUAUCACUGCCAUGACAGAUAUUACUACAGGACGAGUGAGUUGGUAGUAUGAGUCGAGACACACUGUCCUCACCGUCCAAUGUGGAUACAAUAGUCCCCACGAAUGGUGCCUGGAGCAGAUUUUUGCUGCAGAGAGGCAGGCGAUUAUUAAGAGAUUGCUACAGACAUACCGGAGAUAUCUUACAGGGUCAGUCUCUCCCAGCAUUAUACGACCAGCGGCCACUGCAUUCAUACCCUCCCAUACCUGCAGGGGCACGCAGUUAGUGCCACACACACAAGGCUAGAAGUGAGUCACCAUGGCAGCUACAGGUCCUGAAGACAUGAACUUGCACAGACCAUCGUAGAAACCUUUGGAGCUGAGGUCCUUGUAGUGCUGCUUUACAUGAUCCAGAGACGGCUUGAGAAACUUGAGAGCCACCAACUUGUAUCCCUUCUGCUCGAAACGUUUUAUGAUUUCUCCAACCAGUCCUCGCUGAACACCGUCCACCUUUACCAUUAUGAACGUCCUCUCUGUCUUGUCUGCCUUCGACAUCUUGGAAAUAUACACACGCACCCCCUCGCAAAAAACACGUGGUCUUUGAUGCAGGCUAGGCGCGCUCUGCGUGUGUGUGUGUGCCUAGCUCGCUCUCGAUCUGCUAGCUAAGCGCAAAAACUAUAAGCGCGUGUUGAAAGGUAAGAUGCAGCGGUGGAAGUUUCUCUCUCGUCUGGUGAAGUUCCGUCAUUUGGAACUGGACAGCGCCUUCCAGCAGGUCUUCUGGACUGUUCUAGACCCCAAAAGACUGUUUCGCUACCAUCAGAACCAGAAUGAGAUGCAGGGACAAUGGUCAAGAGACGAUCCUUCGUUCUUCCUACUCCUCUGUACCUUCCUCGCUGUGACAUCACUGCUGCAGUCAGUGUGGAUGGGCCAGAGAGCCUGGGGCUAUAUCCUAGCUCUUCUCUGGGCAGUACUAGCUGACGGACUGAUUGCUGCUGUUCUUGUUGCAACAGUCAUGUGGCUUGUGGCAAGUUAUGCUCUGAGGAAGCCAGGGGCCAAGGCAGGGAAAGUGGAGUGGUCCUACUGCUUCGAUGUUCAUCUCAAUUCCCUUUUUCCUCUGGUGCUGUGUGUGUAUGGAGUCCAGUUGGUUGCAUGGCCACUGCUAGCCAGGGCCAACAUAGGGAGUCUGAUAGUGGCCAAUACCCUCUGGUCUGCUGGAUUUCUCUACUAUACAUACCUCACCUUCCUCGGAUAUACAGCUCUCCCAUCUCUUGACAACACGAUGGGACUGUUGUAUGUGGGACUGGGUGUGCUGUUUGUCUACCUCUUCUCCCUCCCACUGGGCUACAACUACUGCCUUCUCUUCCAGUCCUACCACUUAUGGAGAACUGGAGGACUUCACUGACUCUCACCCUCUCUCUCUCUCUCUCUCUCUCUCUCCUCUUCAUCUGCUCUGAAACAGCAAUUUUCACAAGUUUAAAAAGCAACUGGAGGGGACAGUGAAUACUGUGCGAUUUAAAAGUCCCACACCCCAUAAAUCACGUGAUUUGUGGACUAAACUGAAGGAUGGGGUGGAGUGGGGUAAUUUCACCCCUUGAGUACAGUGGUGGGGUGGGGUGAAGCCAUAGCUAUGUCUGUAGCUGCUGUUUUUUCUUGUAGGUGUUCUCGGGCGGUCUGUAUGGUAUUGGGAGGGUCAGAACCUGCAGGGCGUUGAAGGCAUACUGCCGAGCUCCAAUGUUCUUCUCUGCAUUUCUGAUACGAGUCCCGUACCUGCGCAUGGUGUCCAGGCAGUGUUGGUACUCAGAAGGAGCCAUUUUCAUUUCCUUCACAAGAAUCUGUGUCUGUUCCAGCGUCACACCCAUUGCAGUUCGAUCUUUAGCACUCUUACAACUGGUUACCCUUCCACCGUCAACAGUACGGCAAAUCUGAUGAGACAGAGAGGGGGAAGAUGAGGAGAGGGA